AGUGGGUUAAAGAGUCUAGAACGGUUGGAGCCAGAGGGUGUGGCAGCUCUAGUGCAUAAAACAGCAGGUCCAUCCCUCCUUCCAUCACUCCCUCCUUCUUCUCUCUCUCUUACUCGUUGCUGGUCCAGGACUCCUGCAAACCUAAGAAGCCACCAUGUCUCAGUUGCAGCAGGCCAUGACUAUGCUUAUUAGCACCUUCCACAAGUACUCUGGCAAGGAGGGAGACAAGUUUACCCUGAGCAAGGGCGAGCUGAAGGACCUGCUCAACGCAGAGCUUAAAGAAAUGUUCGGGCAAAGCAAAGACCAAGCGGCACUAGACAAGAUCUUCAAAGACCUGGACGCUAACGCUGACGGAAGCGUGGACUUCCAGGAGUACGUCACCCUGGUGGCCUGCAUCACCAUGCUCUGCAACGAAUUCUUCACAAAGAAAUAGUGGAGAGAGGGACACACACUAGCCACGUGUACGCGUAUCUGUUAUACAUACAAUAAGUAAAAAAAGGUUUGUUUAAACAUGAUCUAAAAGUUUUAGCAUUUUGUACAAUGCAAAAGUUUGAAAUAAACUAUUUUAAUAUGUGUUAUUAAA